GGUGCGGGCAGCCCCCUCGGGGACGCACUCCGCCGCGUGCUGCCAGUCCACCUGCGCCGCCAACGCUGCCCGCCCUCCGCGCAGCCCGCGCGCUGCGCGUGUGAGGGCGCACCUGUGCGCGCUCACGAUGGGUGCGCCGAAGCAGAAGUGGACGGCGGAGGAGGAGGGCGCGCUGCGGGCGGGCGUGGACAAGUACGGGCCGGGCAAGUGGCGCGCCAUCCAGAAGGACGCCGCCUUCGGCCCCUUCCUCACCCACCGCUCCAAUGUCGACCUCAAGGACAAGUGGCGGAACAUGACGGCAGCAGCCACAGGGGGCGGCGCCAGCAGCACAGGCGUGGGGGCAGCAGCAGCAGCAGCAGCAGCGGCGGUGGUGCUGCGGGUGCGCGCGCCCCGGGAGGUGCGGGCGGCGGCAGCAGCAGCACGAGCGGAGCUGGCAGCGGUGGUGGCGUUAGAGGAGGAGGACGCGCUCGCGACGGCGGGCAGUGGGGACGCCGACGGCGCUGAGGGGGCCGACGGCGCUGAGGGCGCCAGCGAUGCGGCUGUGGCGGGGCAUGAUGGUGACGCUGACGCUGAUGGCGGCCAUGGGCCUUGCGGUGCCGGUGGCGCGGCACCGGGGGAGAGCGCGUCUGCUGGUGCGGCUGCUGCUGGCACGGACGGCGAAGGCGGGGGUGAGGGUGUGGGAGGCGGCAGUGUGAGCAGUGGGCGCAGCGGGGGAGGGGAGGAGGCGUGGUGGGCCAUGGUGCCGUUCACUGCUGACGCUGCUGGCGGGUCGCUGCCUGCUGCCAACCAUGACAGGUUGGACGAGGCCAUCACGAUGGCCGUGGCAGCGCUGGAGAACGCCCAAUGGGCACAUGGAGCACAUGGAGCACAGGGCGCACAGGGAGGGCAUGGGGCGCAAGGAUCGCAUGGUUGCUCCGCAGCUGCCAUCGCCAAGCACAUAGAGGACCACCACGCAUCGCCGCCCAACUUGCGACGCCUCGUGCCGCUGCGCCUGAAAGCCCUCUCAGAGGACGGCCGCCUGCUCAAGGUGAAGCACGUCUACCGCCUGCCUCACAGCGCACCGCUGGCCCUCCACUCUCACCCCCACGCUCACCCCCACAGCCACAACCAUAGCCACGCACAAGGGCAUGCGGCAGGGCAACCAUCCCCGUCCAUCCGUAGGGCCAGGGGUGAGAGCCGGCGGGCGAGCUGGCAUGGGGAGGCGUCCGAUGGCGAGGGUGGGGGGAGAGCGGGGUGGGGGGGGAGCGGUAAGGGGGAGGGAGUGGAGGGGAGGGCGGAAUGGGGAAGCCGAGUGGGUGGGAGGAGAGAUGCACGGAGUGGCAGGGCGGGGAGUGGCAGUGCGGCAGAGAGGGCGGGCGAGGGCAGGGCGAGUGGGGCUGCACCAACAGGUUCGGAGCAUCCGUCAGCCCUGCGCUCCACUGCUGCUCUCCCUGCUGCUGCUGCUGCUACCUCUCCCCCCGCUCCUUUCCCCUCCUCUGCUGCACCACUGGACCGAAUCUCAGCCGACCUAUCGCAUGCACACCUCUCCUCUCUGCACGGCCCGCCCACGGCAUCGCCUGCGGCUGCUGCUGCUGCCAUGGGCUGCACUACUGCCAGCAAGGGGCAUCUCAGCCGACGCCUGUUUGCCUCGCAGUGGCUGGAACGGGGGGGAAGAGGCGCAGAGGGGGAGGCAGGCAUGACAGAGAAUGUGGCGAGAGGAACGGGAGAGGGUGUGGGAGAUGGGGCGGGUGAGAAGGGAGCAGUGGCAGCAGGGCCGCGUGGGCGCGUGGAACAGCUGGCACAGAUGGCAGCAGCAGCCAUUGCUGAGGCGGAGGCAGCUGCUGCUGAGGCUGAGGCAGCUCUGAGGGAGGCAGAGGCGGCAGAUGCGGAGGCAGAGGCAGCAGAGGCAGCAGCGAGGGAGCUGGAGGCGCGGGUGGAGGAGGGGAGGAGAAGAGCUGCUGCUGUGAGCACGUAGUGGUAGUGCAUGGAAGGAUGGAAUCUGCCCAAGUGGAACCACUUGUAUGGAAGUGCGAAGGAGGGGCAUGAAGGCACUGGACGCUUGUGCAAACAGUCUCUCAAUGUUUGUGAAAGCGCAAUGAUGUUUGGUUCAGGCCCCCAAAUUGCAGACUUUUUACUCUGAUUCAGACUUUUUUCAGAGUUUUUUUGGGGGUGUACUCUGAUUGCAAAGACUUUUUUUUUUACCUUACUCUGAUUUUUCAGAGAACUUUUUUGUACCUACGCUGAUUUUUCAGACUUCUUUUACUAGUGUACUCUGAUGCCUCAACCCUAUAUGUGGGGUUGACUCUGAUUCUGUGUACUGUAAUAC